UGGCGUGUUUGCAGUUUCCGCAAUUUCGGCCAAGUAAUUACACCGCCAGAAAAGAAUUAAAGUUAGCACGGAUCCCUCCGGACGUUCAGUAAAACCCCGCGCAGAUCCUCCUGGAAUCCAAGGAUUCACAUUCACCGUUGUGCUGGUUGCAUAUUCCGUUUUCGAUCGGCGCUGCUGGUUCUCCGGAAAUCGCCGGAUCAUCGUAGAAUAACAGGUGUGCGGAGGUUCGCGUUCGACUUUGGCGCGCCAAGAAGGAAGGCUUCAACGUUCUUUUAUGAACCAAACAAACGAAAAGGAUCUUUCGGACGACGAUUCGAGGAUCGAUGAAGUGUCGCCUUCACCACUAACAGCAGCGACAAGCUGCAACGACGAUGAAACCAACUCGAACAAUCAACACUCAUCAGGUGACCGAGGGAUGGCCUUGAUCCAUGCAGGCCAACCGUCCUCCAGCGUCGGGCUGGCUUCCGAAGAGCAGGAGCUGAAGCGUGCUACGGCCAAGAAGCUGAUCGAGCAAUACUUUUAUCAGCUGAUCGAUGGUUGCGGGAAUGCCGAAUGCACCAACAAGCAUUGCGCCUCGAGCGGGAAGGUAGAAAAGCUUUCGCCAAAUGCGGCCGCUGCCCGUGCGAUACAGCUGUUUUCUCAGGAGGCUACGCUCUGCUACACGAAGGAACAGCAUCGAGACCAAAAUUCACAAAGCCAUCCACGGAGUAGCACAUCAUCAUCUUCCUCAUCACAAAAGCAGCGUCCCGCGUCGUUGGUGCCAGAGAACCAACUAGAAUGCACACCGGAAGAAGAGAACCAGAACAUGGAAGUUACCUACGAAUGUUCGGAGUCAGUAGCGAUGGAGAAGGACACUGCUGCCCAGUCUUCGGCAGAUAUUGGUCAAAAGGAAGCAGCUCGCAGUGGAGCCGCCAGUACCAGCUUUAGUUGCAGCACCACUAACGAUAGUGGGGUGGACGGGAAGAUACUGAAGCAGCUGUGCGAACAGUGCAUCGAGCGCGGAUGUGUUGCGGCGGUAGUAGACCAGAUUAGUGCCAUAUUCUCUUCCUGCCAGCUGCUGGCAAACAGCUUCCAGUGCAGCAAAGCUACCUCUAGCAUCGAUCGCAUGCUUGCCCGAGCGCCACAGGGUGAUUUGCGAAUGCUGAAAAAGGAAGACCUUCGUUCGCUCGAAGGUGAUCUCGAUAAGGACGAGGAUAGUAAAGCACCGGUCGAGGAAUCUCCUCAGGAACCGUCGGAUCCUGCUCAUACAAGUGUAGAUCUAGCGUCGUUAAGAAGCACAAUGAAGGCACUCUACACCACUCAAGCAUCCGUCUUUGACCAUAUCGACACGGCCCUUCAGGAGCUGGGUGAAAAUCUGUCGGUCGAGCUUCAGGGUUCUAUGCAGUCAACAGAGCAGCUGGAAACGGUUGUAACAGCAUUGGUGAUCAUCAUCGAAACUCUGCUGAUUGGUUCGGCAAUCAUGAUUGAGGGUGCCUUUCCUCGUAUUUGCUCGGCUGUCGGAAUGCUUCCAGUGAAAUCUCAAGGACGCCUGGUACGUAUCUGGGCCCAUCACUGUCCGGAUAGUAUCCAUUCGUUGCUACAGCAACUGCAGCAACUGGUUACCAUAUCGAUAUUAUCGCCUACUUUGUACCGUCCGGGACGGGUACACAACAACGAAGAUGUCGGGAACGCGAUCAAGACUAUGAAGCUGGUUUUCUACGCCAACAUCCUCGCCGGGGAGCUUGAAUCGACACAUUUCCGAGAGACGGAUUUACGUGAUACGUCCCUGCCGACCUAUCUGUCACUAAUACCCGAGGAUGAUGAUGAUGAUGGCGAUGGCGUUGGCGCUGGCGUUGAUGGUGAGGACGAUCUGAUGGAUGAUGAUGAUGAAAGUAUAGAGCACCGGGAUCGACGAUCGAAGCAAAGACAGAAAUAUCAGGAUCCGUUAGAGAAAGAACUCGAUGUGAAUCCGCUUGACUGUCGGAAACCUCUCGUACCGUAUAGUGAGUUCUACAAUGAGACGCUUUGCGACCAGAUCGAGAUGGAUCACGAUUACCUGGUGUACAAAAGUAUGUCCUCACUGGCCACGAACGGUUCGGGUUUUUGCUUCAUGUACUACUCGUUCGUUUUGACGCCGGCCACCAAAACGCUGGCCCUUUACUACGAUUCCCGCAUACGAAUGUUCUCCGAGCGACGGCUAAGUGUCCUGUACAACGCGAGCACAGGAAACCGGACAUCGAUGCAGGGUUUGAAUCCGUUUCUCAAUCUUCGAAUUCGACGCGAUCACGUGGUCGAUGAUGCACUGGUCGAGUUGGAGAUCAUUGCCAUGUCAAACCCUAAGGAUCUAAAAAAGCAGCUAGUGGUAGAGUUCACCGGUGAACAGGGCAUCGAUGAAGGCGGAGUAUCGAAAGAGUUUUUUCAGCUCAUUGUCGAAGAAAUCUUCAAUCCCGACUACGGCAUGUUCGUGACGAAUGAAGACUCUAGUACAGUUUGGUUCAAUCCGAGUUCUUUCGAAAAUGAG